AUGAUGCCUCAGAAGAAAAAGAAGCGGAAGAAGGACAUCGACUUCCUGGCCCUGUAUGAGGCAGAACUGCUGAACUACGCCUCGGAGGACGACGAGGAGGAGCUGCAGCACGAGUACUACAAGGCCAAAGUAUAUGAGGUGGUCACGGCCACAGGGGAUGUUCGCGGGGCAGGGACAGAUGCCAACGUCUUCAUCACACUUUUUGGAGAGAAUGGGACCUCUCCCAAGCUCCAUCUCACCAGCAAGAGCGAGUCUGCCUUCGAGAAGGCCAAUGUGGACGUGUUCCGCGUGAGAACCAGCAAUGUGGGCCUCAUCUACAAGAUCAGGAUCGAGCAUGACAACACGGGCUUGAACGCCAGCUGGUACCUGGACCGUGUGAUUGUGACCGACAUGAAGCGGCCUCAUCUCCGUUACUACUUCAACUGCAACAACUGGCUGAGCAAGGUGGAAGGCGACCGCCAGUGGUGCCGAGACCUGCUGGCCAGCUUCAACGUCAUGGACAUGCCGAGAGGUAACAAGUAUGAAGUCAGGGUGUAUACUGGUGACGUAAUUGGUGCAGGGACGGAUGCUGAUGUCGUCAUCAAUAUCUUUGGAGAGUAUGGAGACACAGGAGAGCGUAGGCUGGAAAAUGAAAAGGACAACUUUGAAAAGGGAGCUGAAGACAAGUUCAUGCUGGAUGCCCCAGAUCUGGGGCAGCUGACGAAGAUCAAUAUUGGCCACAACAACAAGGGCAGCUCUGCAGGCUGGUUCCUGGCCAAGAUUGUCAUUGAAGAUAUUGGGAACAAAAGAAAAUAUGACUUCCCCCUUAACCGAUGGCUGGCGUUGGAUGAAGACGAUGGCAAAAUCCAAAGAGAUAUCUUAGUGGGCGGAGCCGAGACCACAGCUAUCACGUAUAUUGUCACCGUCUUCACUGGGGAUAUCCGGGGAGCUGGGACCAAAUCCAAAAUCUACUUGGUCAUGUACGGGGCCAGAGGGAAUAAGAACAGUGGGAAAAUCUUCCUGGAGGGUGGCGUGUUUGACCGAGGCCGCACAGACAUCUUCCACAUAGAGCUGGCUGUCCUCCUUAGCCCCCUGAGUCGGGUCUCCAUCGGGCAUGGCAACGUGGGCGUCAACAGAGGCUGGUACUGUGAGAAGGUGGUGAUCCUAUGCCCCUUCACUGGCAUCCAGCAGACCUUCCCCUGCAGCAACUGGCUGGAUGAGAAGAAAGUGGAUGGGCUGAUCGAGAGGCAGCUCUAUGAGAUGAUGUCACUCAGGAAGAAGAGGCUGAAAAAGUUCCCUUGGUCCCUGUGGGUCUGGACUACUGACCUGAAGAAAGCUGGGACCAACUCUCCCAUCUUCAUCCAGUUUUAUGGGCAGAGGGGACGGACGGAUGAGAUUCUCCUGAAUCCCAACAACAAGUGGUUCAAACCAGGCAUCAUAGAGAAGUUUAGGAUUGAGCUCCCGGAUAUCGGCAGGUUUUAUAAGAUUCGGGUAUGGCAUGAUAAGAGGAGUCCUGGUUCUGGAUGGCAUUUAGAAAGGAUGACCCUGAUGAAUACUCUGAACAAGGACAAGUAUAACUUCAAUUGCAACCGCUGGCUGGAUGCCAACGAGGAUGACAACGAGAUUGUGAGGGAAAUGACUGCAGAAGGCCCCACGGUGCGGAGGAUAAUGAGCAUGGCUCGGUACCGUGUGACCGUAUGCACAGGGGAACUCGAAGGUGCGGGGACUGAUGCCAACGUCUACCUGUGCCUUUUUGGUGACGUGGGGGACACAGGGGAGCGGCUGCUCUACAACUGCAGGAAUAACACUGACCUAUUUGAAAAGGGCAAUGCUGAUGAGUUCACCAUUGAGUCUGUCACCAUGCGGAUGGUGAGGCGGGUGAGGAUCCGGCACGAUGGCAAAGGCUCGGGCAGCGGCUGGUACCUGGACCGGGUGCUGGUGAGAGAGGAGGGGCAGCCCGAGAGCGACAAUGUGGAGUUCCCAUGUCUCAGGUGGCUGGACAAGGACAAGGACGAUGGGCAGCUGGUCCGAGAGUUGCUGCCCAGCGAUAGCAACGCGACACUGAAGAACUUUCGAUACCACAUCAGCUUGAAGACCGGGGAUGUCCCUGGGGCCAGCACGGAUUCUAGAGUCUACAUCAAGCUCUAUGGGGACAAAUCUGACACCAUCAAGCAAGUGCUUCUCGUCUCUGACAACAACCUUAAAGACUAUUUUGAACGUGGCCGAGUGGACGAGUUCACCCUUGAGACCCUGAACAUUGGAACUAUCAACCGGCUGGUGAUCGGGCACGACAGCACGGGCUUGCAUGCAAGCUGGUUCCUGGGCAGCGUCCAGAUCCGCGUGCCCCGCCAAGGCAAGCAGUACACCUUCCCUGCCAACCGCUGGUUGGACAAGAACCAGGCCGAUGGGCGCCUGGAGGUGGAGCUCUAUCCCAGCGAGGUCGUGGAGAUCCAGAAAUUGGUCCACUAUGAGGUUGAGAUUUGGACAGGGGAUGUGGGCGGUGCAGGCACCACUGCCCGAGUCUACAUGCAGAUCUACGGCGAGAAGGGCAAGACAGAAGUGCUCUUCCUCUCCAGCCGCUCCAAAGUGUUCGACCGGGCGUCUAAGGACACGUUCCAGCUGGAGGCGGCCGACGUGGGCGAGAUCUACAAGAUCCGGCUUGGGCACACGGGCGAGGGCUUCGGGCCCAGCUGGUUCGUGGACACACUGUGGCUGCGGCACCUGGUGGUGCGGGAGGCGAACCUCACGCCCGAGGAGGAGGCCCGAAAGAAGAAGGAGAAGGACAAGCUGCGGCAGCUGCUCAAGAAGGAGCGGCUGAAGGCCAAGCUGCAGAGGAAGAAGAAGAAGAAAAGGAAGGGCAGUGAUGAGGAGGAUGAAGGGGAGGAGGAGGAGUCCUCGUCGGAAGAGUCCUCAUCGGAAGAGGAGGAGGAGGAGGAGAGCGAGGAGGAGGAGGAAGAGGAGGAGUUUGGGCCGGGGAUGCAGGAGGUGAUUGAGCAGUACAAGUUUGAGGCCCACCGCUGGCUGGCGCGGGGCAAGGAGGACAAUGAGCUCGUCGUGGAGCUGGUGCCGGCUGGCCAGCCGGGUCCUGAGCCCAACACCUACGAGGUCCAGGUGAUCACAGGGAAUGUGCCCAAGGCCGGCACUGACGCCAACGUCUACCUGACCAUCUACGGCGAGGAGUACGGGGACACGGGUGAACGGCCCCUGAAGAAGUCAGACAAUUCCAACAAGUUUGAGCAGGGGCAGACAGACACCUUCACCAUCUACGCCAUCGACCUGGGGUCCCUGACCAAGAUUCGGAUUCGCCACGACAACUCAGGCAACAGAGCAGGCUGGUUCCUGGACAGAAUAGACAUCACCGACAUGAACAACGAGAUCACGUACUACUUUCCAUGCCAACGCUGGCUGGCCGUGGAGGAGGAUGACGGCCAGCUGUCCCGGGAGCUGUUGCCAGUGGACGAGUCCUACGUGCUGCCAAGCGAGGAUGAGGAGGGUGGUGGUGGUGGUGACAACAACCCCCUCGACAACCUGGCCCUGGAGCAGAAAGAUAAAUCUACCACAUUCUCAGUGACCAUAAAGACUGGGGACAAGAAGAAUGCAGGCACAGAUGCCAAUGUCUUCAUCACACUCUUUGGCACGCAAGAUGACACCGGAAUGACCCUCCUGAAGUCCUCCAAGACCAACAGCGAUAAGUUUGAGAGGGACAGCAUUGAAAUCUUCACGGUGGAGACUCUGGAUCUGGGAGACCUGUGGAAAGUCCGGAUCGGCCACGACAACACAGGCAAAGGCCCAGGCUGGUUUGUAGACUGGGUUGAGGUGGAUGCCCCGUCUCUUGGAAAGUGCAUGACAUUUCCCUGUGGCCGCUGGCUGGCCAAGAAUGAAGACGAUGGGACCAUCGUUAGGGACCUCUUCCACGCGGAGCUUCAGACGAGGCUGUACACGCCAUUUGUUCCUUAUGAGAUCACCCUCUAUACCAGUGAUGUCUUUGCCGCUGGGACAGAUGCCAACAUCUUCAUCGUGAUCUACGGCUGUGAUGCUGUGUGCACCCAAGAGAAGUACCUGUGCACCAACAAGAGGGAGCAGAAGCUGUUCUUUGAGAGGAAGUCUGCCUCCCGCUUCAUCGUGGAGUUGGAAGACGUGGGAGAAAUCAUUGAAAAAAUCCGGAUUGGCCACACUAACACGGGCAUGAAUCCCGGGUGGCACUGCUCCCACGUGGACAUCCGCAGGCUCCUCCCAGACAAGGACGGUGCGGAGACCUUAACUUUCCCCUGUGAUCGAUGGCUCGCCACCUCUGAGGAUGACAAGAAGACCAUUCGAGAACUGGUUCCUUAUGACAUCUUCACUGAGAAAUACAUGAAAGAUGGGUCCUUAAGGCAAGUCUACAAGGAAGUGGAGGAGCCUCUGGACAUUGUGCUGUACUCCGUUCAGAUCUUCACGGGGAAUGUUCCAGGGGCGGGGACAGACGCCAAGGUGUACAUCACCAUCUACGGCGACCUGGGGGACACCGGAGAGCGCUACCUCGGCAAGUCGGAGAACCGCACCAACAAGUUCGAGAGAGGAACGGCCGACACCUUCAUCAUCGAGGCCGCUGACCUGGGUGUCAUCUACAAGAUCAAGCUCCGCCAUGACAACACCAAGUGGUGUGCGGACUGGUACGUGGAGAAGGUGGAGAUCUGGAAUGACACCAACGAGGAUGAGUUCCUGUUCCUGUGCGGGCGCUGGCUGUCCCUCAAGAAGGAAGACGGGCGGCUCGAGAGGCUCUUCUACGAGAAGGAGUACACCGGGGACCGCAGCAGCAACUGCAGCAGCCCCGCUGACUUCUGGGAGAUCGCCCUGAGCUCCAAGAUGGCUGACAUCGACAUUGACACAGUGACGGGGCCCAUGGCCGCCUACGUCCAGGAGGGCCCAGUUAUUCCCUACUAUGUGUCUGUCACUACCGGGAAGCACAAGGAUGCGGCCACUGACAGCCGAGCCUUCAUCGUACUCAUUGGGGAGGAUGACGAGCGUAGCAACCGCAUCUGGCUGGACUACCCCGGGGGGAAGAAGGGCUUCGACCAUGGCUCCGUAGAGGAGUUCUACGUGGCCGGCUUGGAUGUGGGCAUCAUCAAGAAGAUCGAGGUGCUCUACGAAAUGACCGUGUGGACAGGGGACGUGGUUGGCGGGGGCACUGACUCCAACAUCUUCAUGACCCUCUACGGCAUCAACGGGAGCACAGAGGAGGUGCAGCUGGACAAAAAGAAAGCCAGGUUUGAGCGGGAGCAGAACGACACCUUCAUCAUGGAGAUCCUGGACAUUGCUCCAUUCACCAAGAUGCGGAUCCGAAUCGAUGGCCUGGGCAGCCGGCCCGAGUGGUUUCUGGAGAGGAUCCUCCUGAAGAACAUGAACACCGGAGACCUGACCAUGUUCUACUACGGAGACUGGCUGUCCCAGCGGAAGGGCAAGAAGACGCUGGUGUGCGAGAUGUGUGCUGUCAUCGACGGGGAGGAGAUGAUGGAGUACACGUCCUACACUGUCUCGGUUAAGACCAGCGACAUCCUGGGAGCAGGCACCGAUGCCAACGUGUUCAUCAUCAUCUUUGGGGAGAAUGGGGACAGUGGGACACUGGCCCUGAAGCAGUCGGCCAACUGGAACAAGUUUGAGCGGAACAACACAGACACGUUCAACUUCUCCGACAUGCUGAGCCUGGGCCACCUCUGCAAGCUGAGGGUCUGGCACGACAACAAAGGGAUAUUUCCUGGCUGGCACCUGAGCUAUAUCGACGUGAAGGACAACUCCCGCGACGAGACCUUCCGCUUCCAGUGUGACUGCUGGCUCUCCAAGAGCGAGGGCGACAGACAGACAGUCCGCGACUUUGCCUGUGCCAACAACGAGAUCCGCGAUGAGCUGGAGGAGACCACCUACGAGAUCGUCAUAGAAACUGGCAACGGAGGUGAAACCAGGGAGAACGUCUGGCUCAUUCUGGAAGGCAGGAAGAACCGAUCCAAAGAGUUUCUCGUGGAAAAUGCUUCUGGACAGCGGCGGGCCUUUAGGAAGGGGACCACAGACACAUUCGAGUUUGACAGCGUCUACCUGGGGGAUAUCACCUCCCUCUGCGUGGGCCACCUCGCCAGGGAGGACCGGUUCAUCCCCAAGAGAGAGCUGGUCUGGCACGUCAAGACCAUCACCAUCACCGAGAUGGAGUACGGCAAUGUGUAUUUCUUCAACUGCGACUGCCUGAUCCCCCUCAAGAGGAAGAGGAAGUACUUCAAGGUAUUCGAGGUCACCAAGACGACCGAGAGCUUUGCCAGCAAGAUCCAGAGCCUGGUGUCCGUCAAAUACGAGGUCAUCGUGACCACGGGCUAUGAGCCAGGGGCGGGCACCGACGCCAACGUCUUCGUGACCAUCUUCGGGGCCAACGGGGACACGGGCAAGCGCGAGCUGAAGCAGAAGAUGCGCAACCUGUUCGAGCGCGGCAGCACCGACCGCUUCUUCCUGGAGACGCUGGAGCUGGGCGAGCUGCGCAAGGUGCGGCUGGAGCACGACAGCAGCGGCUACUGCUCGGGCUGGCUGGUGGACAAGGUGGAGGUCACCAACACCAGCACCGGCGUGGCCACCAUCUUCAACUGCGGCAGGUGGCUGGACAAGAAGCGGGGGGACGGCCUCACCUGGAGAGAACUCUUCCCUUCUGCCUGAGCGGCCGGAGGCCCCCUUGCCACCCUCUCAGGGAGAGGCCCCCAGUGACACCUUCCUGCCCUCUGCCUUGGUGGGCAGCAGCCCUGUCCCUCUGGGAGCACACUGGGGGCCAGCUGGCCACUGAGAGCUUCAAGGUCCUUUGGAGGCCACUGUUUGUGGGUGACUCUUUGUGGGAUCCUUCUCCCCACCCCACUCCCAGUCUCUAGGACCUACAGGACUCAUAAUCACUGUGUGUCAUAAUCCGUGGCUGCCCAAAAAUAACUUCUUGCAGUUCCUUUUCCCGUAGUCACAGCGGUGCCAGGCUGGGACUUGCUACAGAGGGUGGUUGGGAAAUUGGGGCUUCACCCAGGAGACAGGAGUGGGGAAGGAGAGACCGGCAAGA